GGCCGGGCCGGCCAUGUCGCGGGCGGGUGCCGGGAAGGCGGGGAGCUCCCGCCGGGGCGGGUGUCGGCGGCGGCCCCCCACCUGGGAGGUCUCAGACUCGGACGCAGAGGCCCCCGCGGGCGCGGAGGCGGGCGCGAGCGUGCCGGGCCCGGCCGAGGAGCGCAGGGAGGCGGCCAGGGCGCUGCGGCCCGAGCAGGCCCUGCGGCGCGUGGCGGUGCGCGUGGACCCAGCCGUUCUGGAAGAUGCCGGCGCCAGUAUCCUGCUGGAGGCCCUGAGCGCCCUGGGCUGUGAGUACCACUUGGAACCCCAGCGCCCGGCCCGCAGCCUCAGGUGGACCAGGGCGAAGCCGGAUCCUUGCCCCCGCUCCGUCAGUGCCCUGGUGCCACCUGAGGUGUGGGCUGCGGAUGACCAGGAUCUCCUCCUGCUCCUGGAGCCCGAGGAGUUUGUGCGGGGCGCCGUCCAGCUGACCCAGACCUGCGGCCCCGCCUGCUCGGUGCCCUGGAUCCCUUCCGAGAGCCCCGCCAGGCCCCACGUAGCCGUCGUCGGGCUGGAUGCCCACCUGUGGUCCCACCAGCCCAGCAGCACCCGGGAGACGCAGCAGCCAGAGAGUCCGGCGGUGGCCCGUGCCGUGUUGCCGCUCAGCUGGCCCACGGUGGAGGAGGCCCUGGUGCUCCUGCAGCUCCGGGCACACGUGGAUGUGCUGCUCGUGGCCUCCUGGCAGGAGCUGAGUCGGCACGUGUGCGCCUUCACCAAGGCGUUUGCGCAGCGCCCCUUCAAGCAGUACCAGGAGUCCCAUCCCUUUUCCUUCCGUGUGGCCGGACGCUGGGCAGGGGGCGAGCGAGCGGCAAGAGAUGGCACAGGACUUCGGGGGCUCUGGUGGAGGCAAGUCAGGCAGUUCAACAGGGUCAGCCCGGCCAUGGCCGAUGCUGUGGUUACUGCCUUCCCUUCCCCCCGCCUUCUCUACCAGGCAUACGUGACCUGCAACACGGAGCGGGAGCGCAUGGCCCUCCUGGCUGACCUCCCCGUGAAGACGGGCAACCGUGUACGGCCCCGCAGGGUGGGGCCCGACCUCUCCCGCCGCAUCUGCCUCUUCCUGACCACCGCCAGCCCUGAGCUCCUGCUGGACCUGGGCUCCUGACCCCGUCCGUGGGGCCGGGAGGGCGCUCUGGCGCCCGCCGGCAGCACACCACCAUCCGCCCUGCCCAGCGGGCAGUUUCCAGGCCGAGGACGCGCGGCAGCCCCGCCGGAGCCCAGCCCCGGGGCCAGGGCCGCGCCAGCCCCUGGAAGGCUCUGCGCACAAGCGGCAGCUGGACUCCAGUAGGUGCCCCUCGCCAUGCCAGUGCCUGUGCGCCUGCCUACUCUCCACGCGGUGGGGCCCGCGGCACCCCGUGGCCCCCUGCUGCCACUCUAAGCUGCUGCGGGAGGAGGAAAACAGAGUGGAGACGGGAUCUCUGCCUGAAGAAGCCGGGCCCCCAAGGCGCGUGCUCCGUCUUGAGGGCCUAAUGAUGACCUGGGGCCAGAUCCUUUGGCGCACAGAAGCGCUUCCUGUUCCGAAGACACAGGUCUCUCUGGCCACGUGCCUUAGCUGUGGACCCCAGGCCAAACCACAAGGCGCUAGGGUCUCGCCACCCAGGGCCCAGAGCGCACGGGCAGCCGCUGCAGGCUGGGGUCCUGGCCCGGCCCCGCGCUCCAACCCCCUCCCGGCCCCUGGGCCCUCCUCUUGCUCUCUGAAAUGCCCUCCACACAGCAGGCCGACGGCCCCUGCUCAGACCUGAGCUGGGCCUGCCACACCUCAGCACCCUGCGCCCCGACAGGUGUCAUGUCCACCCGCCUCCUACGGGGUGGGCUGGCUGCCUCUCUGCCCCUCGACCGCAGCUCCGCGGGUCCCGUCACAGAGGCUCUUCCGGCCCCUCCCUCCCAUGCUCUGCUCCCUGGCCUGCCCAUCUGCUUUCUCCCCCCAGAACAGAAGCCCCUGGAAAGAACCUGG